AUGGCCCUCGCGAAGCCCUCAGUCGCCAAAAGGGUUUCCAGAGCUGUGGCUGAGAGUGAAGCCCUCCCGCCGUAUAUGUACCUCUCAACUCCCAUGUGGUUCUUGGUACACCCCUUACUCCUGUGGGUCUCCCACCCCCUUCUACUCCUGUGGUUCUCAGUACCCCACCCCCUGCUCCCCAGUGGUUCUCAGUACACCCCCUACUCCCCUGUGGUUCCCAGUACACUUCUCCCCUACUUCCCUGUGGUUCCAGUACCCCCUACUCCCCUUCUCCUGGUGUCUCAGUACCCCCUUCCUCCUGGGGUUCUCAAUACCCCACCCCCUGCUCCCCAGUGGUUCGCAGUACACCCCCUACUCCCCUGUGGUUCCCAGUGCACUCCUCCCCUACUUCCCUGUGGUUCUCAGUACCCCCUACCUCCCUGUGGUUCCCAGUACACUCCUCCCCUACUCCCCUGUGUUUCCCAGUACACUCCUUCCCUACUUCCCUGUGUGGUUCUCAGUACCCCCUACCUCCCUGUGGUUCUCAAUACCCCCUUCUACCUCCCUGUGGUUCUCAGUACCCCACCCCCUACUCCCCAGUGGUUCUCAGACACGGCGAGGUUCACGAAGGCUCUCGAGGCUGUCAUCUCCGCCGCUGGACCUCGCGGGCCCUGGGCUGCUUUGCGGGACUUCUGCUCCUGCUGCCUCUGCUUGGGGCGUGGUUGA